UCCUCCUCCUUCCACCAUCUUUUUUAGUUCACGGUUUUGUGGUUUGGGUUGAGGCAGGUGUUGGUCUGUCCUGUUCUGGUUUGGUUCUGUUGUUGUGAUUUGUGAUUGUAUUUAUGUGCGGGAAACAAUUAUUGUAGUUUUUGUGUGGCGUCUGUUUGAAAAUUAUAUUCAAGGUUUUCGUAAAAAUGGACUAAAAGAACUUCGUAAACAUGAACUUUUCACCAUUUGGGGGGCAUUUCCCUUCAUCGGUACCUGUCUCAGUGCAUCAGUUCAGCCCGCCUAAAUACACACAUGAGACCAAUAGCUCGAUGAAUGGUAUAACCACAAGUACUCAGAACACAUCAGUUAUGACUGAGGAGCCAAUGGUGAAUUCCACCAGCAGGUACAAUCAUUACGAGCAGCAUUCCAUUCCAGUUAAAUACCAGAGGGAUAGUAGCACUCAAAUUGAUAACGGAAUGGUCACAGUAUCAGAAUCAAGCCCUGUUCCCCACCAGAAUGAAACUAUUCACUAUGUUUAUCAAGAGGAUAUAAAACAAGGUCAGUACCAAGAAAACAUGCGGGAAAUAAAGUCUGAACAGAAGACCGAGCACGAUCAAAACUCUGAAUACACAAUCAUUCAGCCGGGAAUGCCUCCCACAUGGCAAAGCAUUGCCACACCCGGAUCUACAGUUGCCGACUAUCUUUCGCAUCUCCCAGCAUCGACUUUACCGAUAUCGCUUCAUCACUUUUUAAAGUAUUCAUCACCUGAAACUACAAGCAACACGAGUAACAAAAGAGAUGUGGAAACAUCGAUGGAGCCGCCUCUGGAUCAGAUUGGCCACAAUCAACUACAUCAGCAAGAAGAGGAAUCGCCACUAUCACCUUCAAAGAGAAAAAAGAAAAAGAAGAUUGUCUACAAGGAGAAAAAACCUAAACCUAAACCGGGUGAGAUACGAUUGACCACAGCGUUGGAUGGUUCCACUUUGUAUUGUUGUCCAGAAUGUCACAUGGCCUAUCCCGACAAAGGACUUUUGGAACAGCAUCUGCUUGGGCAUACAAUGGAACGCAGGUUCUUCUGUGACAUUUGCGGAGCCGGGUUGAAACGCAAGGACCAUCUGACGAGACACAAACAGAGCCACAACCCCGACCGUCCGUACGUCUGCACUGUUUGCUGCAAGGCGUUCAAACGCAAGGAGCAACUCACUUUACACUUUGUCAUACAUUCAGGAGAGAAGCGCCAUGUUUGUCCAGAGUGUGGAAAAGGGUUCUACAGAAAAGACCACUUACGCAAGCACACACGCAGCCACAUUGCUCGGCGUGUCAAGGCGGAGCUGAACCAACACGGGGGUCCUGCACAAGGUGGAUCCUGAGGUAGGGGAGGGGGUAAUCCCCCGCAGUCGGCUGAGAUGGCAGCGUUCGUGGCCGCUGCGAGAGAGGCAUUCUAAACCACUUCAGGUGCCGUAGGCUACAUAAACUAGUGCCAUUCAUGAGGGUUGUUUGAAAAGCUAAGUCCAGUUCACAGUUAAACUGUCCAUGUUUAACUCUUGACAUAUCUUGGAUGUUAAACGUGAUAAUUUGAAUGCCUACUGUUGCUGUGAGCCUUAGUAUUAUUUUAUGGUGUCAUAGACAACUGCGUAGCUCUGAAUUGUGAAGUACGCUUCUGGAGAUUAUUCAAGUUGUUAAACAACUUUAAUUUCAAUUUCUGUUUUAGUUUUAUCUGAAACAAAACAAAAGAUCUAUCUGCACAGAGCAAAAUUAAAUAUGCUUUGUUCGCUGUGAAGACUGGGCAGCCCAUAGAAAGUAAUCAAAAGGUAGUCAAACAGUUCACCGCUAGUUUUGCAUAGUCAAUGUGAUUGACUAGGGGAUACAUAGUAUGAUACUUUACAAUAUAGCUACAUGAUGGAUCCUGUCAUUUUCUAUUUUAACCUCUAAUUUUUCCAACUCUGAAAGUGGAGGUAUUAACUACUCAUGUGGAAGAUUCAUUUCACCCACUCCCAAUAAUGGGUUAAGUAUCUGGAAGCUGUUUUGUUUCCGAUAAAAUUUAGAUAGAGGACCAAUCUUGAGAAAAAAUCUGUCUCCAUAACCUGGGAAGCUGUUUACAAUGGUUAUUUUUCAGGACUCAAACAACCUUUUCCCCUCAGGAGGAUACAAUUUAUUGUGAAUGGGUAGCUGAA